AAUAUGUUCCGCGCAUUCGCACAAGUUUCACACCGGUUAUAUUACCGUUUCCUGCCCUUCAAAUGACACUGUUCCUGUGAUUAUCAUAGUGUGUGGUUCUAUCUGUAUCUCUCUUUUUACAAACAACAAAAUGAGUAAAAUCGGUAUCAACGGAUUUGGCCGUAUUGGUCGUUUGGUAUUGAGAGCUUCCGUUGAAAAAGGCGCAAAGGUCGUUGCCAUCAAUGAUCCUUUCAUUACAGUUGACUAUAUGGUCUAUCUUUUUAAAUACGACUCAACUCACGGCAAAUUUAAGGGAGAAGUCAAACAUGAGGGCGACUGUUUGGUUGUGAACGGUAACAAAAUCAAAGUAUUCAGUGAACGUGACCCAAAAGCUAUUCCAUGGGCAUCAGCUGGUGCUGAAUAUGUUGUAGAAUCAACUGGUGUCUUUACCACCAUUGACAAGGCUUCGGCUCACUUGGAAGGAGGAGCAAAGAAAGUUAUUAUCUCAGCUCCUUCGGCUGAUGCGCCCAUGUACGUUGUUGGUGUCAAUCUUGAUGCCUACGAUCCAAGCGCUAAAGUCGUUUCGAAUGCUUCAUGCACAACCAAUUGUUUGGCUCCUCUUGCUAAAGUCAUUCAUGACAAUUUUGAAAUUGUAGAGGGUUUAAUGACCACCGUUCACGCAACAACUGCCACUCAAAAAACCGUUGAUGGACCCUCUGGAAAGUUGUGGCGUGAUGGACGUGGCGCUGCACAAAACAUCAUUCCAGCCGCGACAGGCGCAGCGAAAGCUGUUGGAAAAGUAAUUCCAUCGUUAAAUGGAAAAUUAACAGGAAUGGCCUUCCGUGUUCCAGUUGCUAAUGUAUCCGUUGUUGAUUUGACAGUACGUCUUGGUAAGCCAGCGACAUAUGAUGAAAUUAAAGCCAAAGUAAAGGAGGCUGCGACCGCAGGUCCACUUAAAGGAAUUCUCGCCUACACUGAAGAUCAAGUUGUCUCAUCUGAUUUUAUCGGUGACAAUCAUUCCAGUAUUUUUGAUGCCGAUGCUGGAAUUCAAUUGAGUAAUCAAUUUGUUAAACUCAUCUCAUGGUACGACAAUGAAUAUGGUUAUUCCAAUCGUGUUAUUGACCUCAUCACAUUUAUGCAAUCCAAAGAUCAGUAAAAAUUUUGAAACAUAAAAAAAAAUAAAAACUAGAAGAGAUUUCAUUCUGAAGCAAAAUGGUCUCCGCAAUGGCUGCAAAGGACGAUUUACAAAUUCUGGUCACAAUAUUAAUAAAAAAAAAUAGUUGUUAUCUUUGAGAGAAAACAAAAAUAUAACAAAAUCACGAAUUAAUGACAAUUUAGAAUUUUGCUGUUUUAACUGUUUAGAGAUUUAAAAUUGACAUGAUAAUUAAAUUUUAGUCCUUUAUUCCUUUUGAUUUGUCAUGCUGUGAAAUUUUCUUGAAAUUAAUGUAUAUCUUUUUGUCAUUGUGAAAAGUUGUUCUUCAUUUUGUAAUGUAUCUUACGUGUUACAUCGAGUUCACUAUGUCAGUAAGAUUUUUUUUUUAAUUCAGUCGUUGACUUCAAUAAACGUUAAUUACAACGUA